AUGAUGACGACAACUGUACACUCGAAUCCUGUUUAUCAUUCAGCAUCAUCAAGCCAAAAUUCAUCAACAAGAAAUGUUGUACUUCAUAAAGGACCAGAUCAAAGUGGUUUUGGAAUAUACAUUGGUGAAGAUAUACCAUCGGGUCUUUAUAUAGUCACUGUAGACCAUAAUUCACCUGCAGCAGAUGCUAAUAUUCAACCGGGUGAUCGUGUUCUAGCUAUUAAUGGACAGUCAGUAUCAUCUAUGACUAAAGAUCCAAAAGAAAUACUUUUUCAAGCUGCAACUAAUAAUCAACGUCUAACUCUUACAAUUCAGUCAACAAGUAUAUUACAAACACUUAAUAUGCCAUUAACAAAUAGUUAUAAACCUGAUGAAAAUUUUCAUAAACAACAAACAUCAUCAAAACGAACAUUCGAUAAAAAUACAGACCUUGAAAGUUAUCUUAAAUCUAUAUUGGGUAAUGACAAUAUUCAAAUAGUACCAUUACCAAAUUCAUUAUAUAAUAAUGAAUUCAUUUUAAAGUCGAAUUCAUAUCCAAGCCAUCGUUCUCGUUCAAAAGGUCGUAAACAUGACCAUCAUCAUCAUCAUCAUCGACGUCAUCCAAAAAGAAAAAUUCUUGAAACAAAAGAAACUCAAACAUCAAUGGAUGAUAAUCAAGAUGAAAAUAUAUUACAAGAACAACCAAAUGCACUAUUACGACAAUAUCCAUUACAACCAAGUAUGGGUACAUCACAGCGUAUGUUACGUACACAACAAUUACCUUCAAAUGAUAAUCUAAUAAGCGAACCAAAUGAUAAUCUAAUAAGCGAAUCAAAUGAUAAUCUAAUAAACGAAUCAAAUGAUUCUCAAAUUUUACCAAAAUCGAGGAGUAUAUUAUCAUCUUUCAUGCCAGAGAUUAAAUCAACUGAAUCAACAACAAAAACUCCAUUACCAGAAAUUUCUUCUACAGGCCCAGUUUUUGGUGCUGUACAAUCUCCAGCACCAGAUAGAAAACCUAACAAUACAAUUGGAAAUAUUCGUUCUCCAACAACACAACAUAUGACUAAUGUUGUUGACGCUGCUGUAGCUGCUUCACGUAAUAAUCGUGAACCAGCUAAAAAACCCGAAGAAAUUUUCACUGGUCAACCAGUUAAUGUUACUAAACAAACGACAGCACCUCCACCAUAUCAACCAUCACCUUCUAUUAAUAAACGAACUGAUGAACCAAUACAAAAUCAAAUUUCACCGCUUCCAAACAUAGCACCAACUUAUACAAAUACACCAGCAAAACCAGUUGAUAAUCCAGUAUAUACUAAUGAAGGUUCAUAUAAUGUUCGUAAUGCUCAAGAAAAUCAACAACAAACAGUAGCACCAAAAUCUGACAUGGAUAUGAUUCCAUCAUCAAUACAGGGUGAAGGGGUGCAUGUUGUACAUUUACGUCGUGCAACAAAUUAUGAAGGUUAUGGUUUUCAUUUACAAUAUAAUAAAAGUUAUUUUCUUGUUCAUAAAGUUGAAAAUGAUAGUCCAGCUGCUAAAAGUGGUCUACAUGUAAAUGAUGUUGUACUUGCAGUAAAUCAACAAUUAACAGGCAAUAUGACUCAUCCUGUGUUUGUUAAAUUAGUUACUGAGAGUUCAAAUGUUGAUUUUACUGUUCAACCUGUUGAACAAUAUUUACGUUCGAAUUAUCGACCAAAACCAAAUGUACAAUUGUCACCGCCACCACCUUCAAUAAAUAAUAGCAAUAAUAGCAAUAAUACCAAUAAUACACGUAAAUCAGGUCUUUCUAGAGCCUUGAGCAAAUUAACAAGUCGUUGA